UGCGGGCUCAGCGAAUGGCGGCUCCCGAGGUCGCAGCUUCCGCCGGCGCGGGUGGCUGAGCUUGCUGUUGCCCUUGGUCGUGGGGUCGUUCUUGGCACCGGGGCCGCAGAGUCAUGGUGAAAUUACUUCAGAUUGUUCGUGACCACUGGGUUCAUGUCCUUGUCCCUAUGGGAUUUGUCUUAGGAUGUUAUCUAGACAGAAAGAAUGAUGAAAAGCUAACUGCUUUCCGGAACAAGAGCAUAUUAUAUAAAAGAGAAUUGAGACCCGAUGAAGAAGUCACCUGGAAAUAAAGACUGUGAAUUACAGAAAGUUCACAUUUUAAAAGUUAGGAGAGAAAUAAAAACAUGUUUAUUUAAUUUGAAGAAGAA